AAUCCCAAGCAGGAAGUUGUUAGAAGUGACUCCUCCUUGCAUUCACUCUCGGACGUAGGCGAUUCCGCUUUAAGAACAGGGCGUAUCCGCUCUUGAGGAAUCAGGAAAUACGUUCGUGUUAAGAAAAAACCCCACCAUGGUUGACUUUACGUUCCGUGAGUUAACUUGACUUUUCCUCAGUUGCUCAGGCUGCUGCUUCUGCUGUUGAGUGUCUCGUCCAAAAACCGCCCGUAAGACUCCUGACGGGCAGCCCAGAGAGCUGCUGCUGCGGUCCUUUCCCUCAAUGGCUGAUCACAAUACGGGACUACAGGACAAAACUACAGUUAGUGGUGGAGUUGAAAACAAAGUAAACCCAGAGUACACUGCCUUCAUCCUGGUGCCUGUCUUCUUCCUGUUGGGCCUGUUGGGGGUCGUGAUUUGCCACGUACUGAAGAGGAAAGGCUACCGGUGCACGACUGAAGCCCAGGGUGACGAUGAGGUCUUUGAAGAAGAAGAAGUGGAUCCUGAAAUGGGGGGAGACUUUAACGACACCUUCAGUGACAACAACGACACAGUGGGACAAAUUGUUCACUACAUCAUGAAAAAUGAAGCGAACUCAGACGCCCUGAAAGCCAUGGUUCAUGACAACAGCACUGACUCUGAUGGGUUCUUUUUUUCCUCUAGUCCUCCGUACACACCCACGACGCCCAACACCCCGACCACUCCGAUGACUCCCAUCUCGCCCGGAGCGUCCCCCGGAGCUGCCAAACACACCUGCAACCACCUGCAUACCAUUGGAGGACUCGGUGGCCACAAGAACAUCUGCACCCGCUGCAGCCAGAAGAAAUGGCCGCUGAUGCGGAAGCUGUCAACGCGCAAGCCUGAGCAGCGCCGCAGCCACCACGGAGAGGUGACAGUCUUGGCCGUGGGCAGGUUCCGAGUGACAAAGUGUGAAAAGCCGUCCAGAGAGAGGCGGACUCUCUUAAUAACUGACUCCAACGGGAGUGUUCCAACAUCACCCACAGAGGUGGAACCAAGGAGCCGGAACAUAUCCGAAUCCCAGCAGGUGCAAUCAGAAAAUAUGGACAGCAAGAAAUGAUAAAAAAAACCUCCAGCUUCCUAAACAGACAAGAGAACGAACACCUGGACUGUGUUUUUAGAAACCAAACACGUUGAGAUUGAAGUUUCGAGAGGACGACGAGAUUGAAUGUCAGCAAAGGUGAAAGAAGAUGGAGAGGGUGAAUUUCUCUGAGAAUCGUCUUUGUUAGAGCGACGGAAGCUGCUGACGACCAAGGCAAAGGUGGUAUUUACACUUGGUGGUUGUUGGUGACACACUUCAGUUCCUCCUGUGAUAAUUUCACAGCACUGCCUUGCUCAAUGGCUUCAAGUGUCAUUACUCUUGUUACACCAACAUUUCGAUGUAGUUUUGUUUCUGGUGCAGGCCCUCAGGAGGAACAGGUGCUGUCAGUUAGAAUAGACAUUCUCAAACUGGAAAACUGGGACCACUUCUUUGGAACGGUGUUCCUUGUCAUUCUCAAUCUUUUUUUUAAUUUAUUUUGUUUUCUGUGUCUGCCUUGAUCAGUGCUUUUCUCAGUACAUUCAAAUACUGAGAACACAGUAUUUUAGUAUUCAAAGAUGAACAGUACAUAAGUGACAGUGUUAUCUUGGCAAAAAGCUGAAACUCUUGGAAAAUGUAUUGUCAGUCACAGUUUGGUUGUAUUUAAGCUUGGGAUGUUUGUUUCCAGCUCCAUAUAUUCAUCCAUUCCACACUCCUGAAGGAGUAACAUUUGAAGGAACAUCUAGUCUGUGUUUACAUCCCAAAUCUUCCAAGUGUAAAUGUCCAAUCAAACCUUUGAGGUGAUAGGCUCAAAUAUUAGUGAUAAAGCCCUAUUUGUGUUCUCCUCGGUCUCUAGAGUAUGAUUUCAGUUGUCUUGCUGUUAGCAAGCAAGCUUCACAAAAGUUCAGGUUCAGUAGUUGUCUAAACCUGCAGCAUUCUUUCAAAAGUCAAACUGGAACUGAAAAACAUCAUGUUGUCCGUGUGCUGUAGCUGCGAUGGCUACUGAUGCCUCUCUGCCUGCGCUAAUGAAACAUGUUCCUCACAUACAGAUAUAGACGACAAUUCCUCUUUAAGGACCAGACUGAUACCAAAGUGUCUAAAUAUUCUCUCUUUAUAUCAACUUUAUUCUCAAGGUCAGGUUUGAAGUGACUCAGUCUAGUUCAGCACGUUCUUGGCACCUUUUUGUUUGCAAAAGUACGACAUUUACGUGCAAACAUCAGCCACACAGUCCUCAGGCUGGACUAUGCUGUUGGUUGUUGUUUCCUUCUAAAGCUUCUGUGUCUGCGCAUGCUGCUCACUGACUGUUCACUCACUGCCGCAGCAAACACCUAGCCUAGAUCUAUUAAACUCUCUUACAAUUUGUCAGCACACAGAAGAGUUUUGAAGUUGUUUUACAUUAUUGUUGCUUGCACACUAAUAAUGCCUCUGUGCCUGUUCAUGCUGCUCAUUACCAAUGACAUUUUUAGCUAACAGACAUGAAACUUACCCUGUCUUGAGGUUUUGCCCAAAAAGCAUCAAAUUGAUCCUUUCCUCCUUUCAAUAUUAACUCUAAGUCUAACAAUGACUUUGUGCCUGCACAAAAAUGACCAAAAGACAUCUGGUCAAAUGCUAGAUUAACCAAAGUCAACUGCCAGAUGUGAUGCAUGUGUUUUUAUGGAACACGUGGAGAAAGUAACCAGUCGAGAAACUAGUGUUUGAAUCGAUGUUCUUUUUCGUUCACAUGAUGUUUGCAGUUGUGUGUGAACCAAAGCAGUUAUGUUGAAAAGAUACUAAAACACUAUGUUACAACGUUAGUAGACCUGUUCCAGUCUGUUCAUCAGGAGUCAUACGCCUUAGAUCACUGCGAUCUCUGUGCAGAUCACACUCCUAUUUAGAGGUAAAAAGAUCGUAAAUCAUCAUAGGUUCCUGAGCAAAUUUGGGGACAGCAGGUGUGAUUGACAGCCAUAUUGUCCAAUAGGAGCUUGGUUACAAAACUAUCAUGAUACUUUUUUUGUGUUGAUGUUUUCAUUUUUAAUUCUAACUAGGUUAGAAGUAAAGCCAAAAUGUCGAAGGUCAUUGACGUCAUUAUGUUGUCAUUAUGUUCAUUUCAGUCCACUCCAGUAUACAUGGAGAAUCUGUCUUUAUAUGAAGUCAAACCAAGCUCUUCUUUUUAAUUUAGCCUGACUUUAUCAUAUUUAUCAAUCCAGGUUUAGGCCUUUGAGUUUUUUCUAUUGUAAUGUGCCUUUAAUUGUUGGGCAUGUGUGAUUCUGCAUUUGUCGUUCGACAAGCGUUUACAUUGUCAAGGUUCCAGAGGGUUAUUCAGUAGAAAAGACAAUGUCGUAUAGUCACUUUCAUAGUGUGUGUUUGUGUGUGUGUGUGUGUGAGAGAGAGAGAGAGAGAGAGAUAGAGGGAAAGACAAACAUUAAUGUACAGUAUUUCCUCCAAUAAAAUCAGUCCUUUUAUGAAGAAAAA